AACGCUCCGGAUGCGGUCGUGUCUGUGAAUUGGUCGCGUGCGCUUCGAGUCCCCGUGUCCGUGUUGUUUGUUUUACUGUUUUCAUCGGUGGCUGGCGCUAGGAGGAAGUCAAUUCCAGCCUUCUAAUAGGUGUCGCGUGAAAGGUGUUGUUCCUAGGUCAGGUCAGUUGCUGCCGCGGAUAUUUGGCGUGGUUGUCAUUUGCGGUGUGACGGGGUGUGAUAGUUUUGACGUGGAUGAGUCUUUGUAGUGUGACGGCUUGGGCCAGGGGCUGUUUUGCGGCAGGAUCGCCAAAGAUGGCCUUCGGCUGAGAGGCGCGUGGACCAGAAUUCGAAGCCCGUUCAUAUUGUGCUUUUUGCUUCCGGCGCUGCGGAGAUUCUAUUCCUAGGAAUCGUCCUCGUCGUCGUCUUCGGUGCUUAGUCAAUUACACUUAAAGAAGUGAAGAAGGAGUGAAUAACUUGCUCUCUACUGGAAGCAGCUUCUGUGGACUAUCUGCUUUUUGAUUUUCUUCCUCCUGGAAAGAGUGGGUAGCGGGAAUGUGGGAAAGUUUGGAUUGUGCCACCCCACACCGUGGGAAUAAAGUGUUAUUUCGGGUUUAGGAAGAAGAGUGUGACAUAAUCGUCGCUGGCACGUCUCGCGGAGGAAGGAAGCUCUUGAAGAAGGUGUCCCGUGGUGGGUGGAUGAUAGCAAUUCUGUUUCGAGAUAUUCUUCUGUCUGGCUGGGUAUGAAUUUCCUUACCGAGGCUGAGAGCAAAGUAGAGUAGAGUAGAGUGAGUUAGCUGUGCUCGGUGGAUCUCGAAAGAAGUAAGGAAAAAGUAUCCUCGAGACGUGACCUUUCCAACUUCCCGGUGAUUGUGUGCCCCCAAUCCUGCCACACAAACUGUCCCGGAAUAAAUUGUGAGAGAUGAGAAAGUUCUGAGCCUGAUGGGAAUUGAUAAGAGUGCUGGGGAGCAGCCGGCUAGAUGAAAAAGCGAAUCCUGUAAUUGUGGCCAUAAUCCGAUUCACUUUGGCAACGGCCAGCCAAGAAUAAAAAGGAAGAUUAUUGCUCCAAGGUGACGACUUUUGCUCAGGUACGGAAGUGAAAAUCUAUGACCUCCUCCUGCCAGAUGAAGCAUAACUGCCCAGCUGGAUAGCAGGAAGAGCGAUCACACAAACCCCCACACCCCCAACAGAAAAAUAAACCAAGAAAUCCCAACCAGCGUGAAGCAAAAAUUGAAAAGUUUACCCGAGUGUUGCUAAUUUGGGAUUUGUGAUUGUUUCCUUUUUGCCUUGGCUCGUUUCUCUUCAAAAGGAAAGUGAAGUUCUGCGGCAAGAAAAUCAAGAGAAAAAAAAAGUUUUCCAAAACCAAAACCAAGAGCGUCAGUUGUUGAUUUUUUUUGGUUUCGUUUCGCUGCUAAAGAGAAGAAGUGGCCCCAGGAUCUGAUGAUGAGGGUGGAAUUACAACAGUGCGGGUUUCUAUUUGUGUGGUAAUAUGUGUUUGUGUAUAAAAUUGUUUUUUUUUCCUGUUCACUACUGUGAAGGAAACCCCCGGUGGAGCUUUUCUUUCGCUUUUUGGGUAACCGACAGCUGCCACACACUGUUUGUUGGGGCUGCUGCUGGUGGUGCGAAAUUGAAAUAAAACGUCUGGGUUUUGCGCGGGGAAAAACGUGGCAAAAGUGUUGCGGGACCCCGUCAGUUCACGUGUGUUUGUGUGUGUACAACUUCGAAGCAAAAGCAGCUGGAGUUCUCUUUGGCGUUUCAAACGGAACCGACUAAGGCUAAGGCCAAAGCCAAACUCGUGGGACGACGGCGACGGAGGAGCGAAUGAAAAUAAUCGACAUUUCGGGGAUACCGUGACAGAACAUUCACCAACGCCAACAGGGCCUGAAAUCAUCCAUUAGACAUGGUCAGUGGCGAGAAGUGGGUUUGAAAAGCAACAAAAAAAUAACAUUCGACAACUCCCUCCGGUAGACGGAACAACGAUGUCGGAACCCAACCCAAGCUAUCCGUUCCGGCCAAGCGCGAAAUGUGAAUAAAAUUCGUGGAUGCUUGUGGUUUUCCCGCCUUUUUCGACAGGACGACGACGGACUUCUAAAAGGCAGCAAGCAGUAACCAAAACCCAGGACCCAUUAGCUUUACAUCCGAAGCCACGUUCAACCCAAAAAAUAAAACAUCAACCAAAAGGCAGAAGAACGCACAUAAAGCCCCCAAAAUCAGUCUGGGUCCGGAAAUGAAAAUUAAACCGACGCUGGCCACGGCUGGCAAACCUCAAACGUCGACGUCGACGUCGUCGUCGGUGAUGAUGAUUUUGGUGCCGUUCAAGGACGCCGACAGCGUCGUUGAGGUUUUCGUAACAAAUCCAUUGCUGGCGGACGACGGCCAUUGUAGCCGGCCUUAAACGACUAACGUUAGGUGUUGGGGGUGGAUAGGAAGGGACUACGACGAAACUCCUUCCUUCUCAUCUAGACGAGCUUCAGAGCUGACCCGGUUGGCGAUUUUCCGUGCAGUGAAAGCCAGUCGUUGGGUUGGUGAGAAAUUUGAAUGUCGAAGCUGCUCGACUGAAGCCGCCUACCGGUAGCAGUCUUUUUUGCUAUCAAAGAAGCAAAAACCAAAAAAAAAAGAACAGACAAAUCAACAAGCCACAAAAUGCUAAUCAGGGCGAAUGUUUGGAUAUAUGUGUUUCAACUCGUGGUGCUGAAAGUUUCGUACAGCGUGCAUGGAUUGGAGUCGGUCUUCAUCAAGGUCCCGUCGGCGGUUUCCGUCGGAAGUGCGGCCAUCUUGGUGUGCGAGUGCGACCUCCCCGGCGAGGACCUGUACUCGGUCAAGUGGUACAAGGGCAAGCACGAGUUCUUCCGGUUCACCUCCAAGGAGAUACCGUCGAUCAAAAUCUUCCCCAAGGCUGGAGUUACUGUAAAUAUUGACCACUCCAACUCCAGCCACGUGAUACUGGAAAACGUCGGCCCACACACAACAGGAAAGUACAGCUGCGAAAUUACGGAAGCAGCACCUUCAUUUCACACAAAAAUAGUGACUAGAGAUUUAAAUGUUGUAGAUUUACCAAAAGGUGACCCGGUCAUACUGGACAUGAAACCGUACUACGGGGCCGAUGAGUUCCUGGAGGUCGAGUGCAUAUCAAACGAAUCACUGCCAGCGGUGCGACUCGAGUGGCUCAUCAACGAAAGGCCCCUGGGGCUGAUUCAGUCUCCAUCCAGGCUUGAGUUCAUAACAAUUCCUUUGAAUGGAACUGCCAGCAGUAGUGGAGCCAGCAACAGUAGCGAUGGCAGCAGUAGUAAGAAAUCAGCAAAGUCUUCCGCACCAGCAAAGUCGUUUGAUGCACUGUCAUCAAUGGAGGAUGACUCCAAGGUGAUUCCGAUGGACAGCAAUUCGUUGCAGCAGCCGCAUCAACAUCAACAUCAAAAUCACCAGCAGGCAGAGUUUACGAUGCCAUUGGCGGCUGCAGUCGUUGCUUCGGCGACGGCUCUUUCCCUUACAACGAAUGCCAGCGUCCGGGAGGCGGUGGUGUCACAGGACAAUAUCACCACGACUCUAUCCGGUACGACGAAGCCGGGCAAAAAGGGUCAAUCGGUGGCCCGAUACGAAAAGUCGGUGUCGCGGCUGAAGCUGCUGCUGGGCCAUGAGCAUUUCGUUGCAGGAAAAAUCAAGGUGAAAUGCAUCGCCCGGCUGUUCGACCUGUACGAGCGUUCCGUAGUAGGAGUGGCCGAGGAAAACUACCCCCAGGUUCGGGUUCUCUCCAACAGCGACAACGGAGUGCACUUUUCCUUCAUGAGCGAUAAGGACGAAGCCACAUCGUCAUCGGCGUCCGUUCAUCAGCUGAAGCUGUCACUGUGGUUGUCCAGUCUGGUUCGAAGCUUUCUGCCGCGCUGCUGGACGUGGUCUUCAUCCUUGAUGGUCCGGAACAGUGAACUGGAACUGGACACCGGUCAGAAGCAGAACGACGACGACGACGGUUCUUCAGAAACAAGCUUUGCCGGAAUGACAGUACCAUGGCUGGUGUUGUUGUUGUUCUGUGGCAUCAGCAUCAGUGGUAGGAUCUUGUCUAUCUUGUUAGCUGUUCCGGUUCUGGGAAUGCCAUCGGGAAUGCUACUCCGGAUGACUUCCUAACGGGGUAACCAACUAUUGGCCGCGGGAUCCGGGGAAUCGGAAUUGGGACAAGAUUGCGGUGCGGUCAUUACGAUAUUGUGUACAGUUUCAGUUUCGGUCUGCUUUCUGAUGGAGGUACCGUUGAAAUUAGUUUCAUUUGCGGUUUUGCGAUCCAGAUCCAUUUUGCCGAGUCGGAACAUAUGAUAUCUAUACCAAAGCAGCCAAAAUGUGGAUGGAAUAAAUGGGAUAGCUGUAGGGAAGAUGCCUAAACCAAAAAAACUAAAGCGGGAAAGUGAAAUUAUUUUAAUACAAUUUGAACGAGAUUAUGCUCAGUAAUGAUUUGACGAAGAAAGCUGGAAGUAAAAAGAGUGUGGAACCUUCGAAAAGAUAUAGAAAGCGAAAUUAUUUUUUGUAUGGAAAAAACACUACUUCAUAAGAUUCAACCGGUAGAUAUAAUAAAAACUCUUUAUCGUAAGCUUCAAUUAGCCUAUGAAAGAUUCACUAGAACAAUACUGUUAGAAUAUUAAUGAAAGAGUAUGGAGGCGAAUGAAAGUCGAUUAAGAAAAGAUAACAUAGACGAAAAGGAAACCAAAAAACCAAACUUCUAAAGUGAGCUGUAUUUUAAAGAAGGCUGUAUCCCGGUAAAGCUAAUGGAGUGAUCGGAUCAGCAUUGAAUUAAGCUUCUAGGUUAAUUUGUUCUAAGAUAUCCGAAAACUAAAAAUCGGUCACAGGAGUAAAUCACAAAGCCAUGAUUCAACGAAGAAAUGCAAUCAGUUGUCAGUCACACAUACAUACAUUUUGAAAAAGAAAAUUAAGGGUCAUAGUAAGAAAAACAAAAAUAAAAGAAAAGUGUGUAUAAAAUGGAAGCAAACUAGAUAUACCUUACUCUGCAAAACCAAAUGUGAAGAAUGUGAUGAAAUGAAUAAAUGAGCUGUCACGAAGCCGAAAAGAAUUCUGUUGUAUAUUUGAGGAGUCUCUAUUAUGGAAUAAAUAUAUAAAAAUGCAUUCUGCAAUAAA